GAGCACUCAGACUGAACCAGAGCCGACAUGGGGGAUACACUGCUGUUUGCCAAUGACAACCAGCGCCGUAUGGAAGCUGUGCAGAAGUGUUUUGGACCGAGCGGGACCCGGAUCCUGGACCCGGGCCGAGUUCUGGUCGGAGAGGGCCGUUUGAUGAAGCAGAGCCGGCGUGGAGCGCAGCCUAAAGCCUUUUUCCUGUUUAACGACAUGUUGGUCUAUGGCAGCAUCGUCAUCAACGGCCGCUGGUUUAAGAAGCAGAAGAUCAUCCCUCUAGGGGACAUUGAGCUGGAGGACCUGGAGGACGGCUACAUGAGGCACCAGUGGCUCAUCAAAGCUCCGGGGAAAUCCUUCUUCGUGUCGGCCGCGUCCCGGGAGGAGAAGGUGGCAUGGAUCCGGCACAUCGAGGUGUGUAAGACCCGCCUCCCGAGCUCCGGACGGCCCGUCGCCAUGACCUGGAUCCCCGACCGCGCCUCCGCCAUCUGCAUGCGCUGCUCCCGGAACUUCAGUGUGACUCACCGUCGGCACCACUGCAGGAAAUGCGGCUUCCUGGUUUGUGGAUCGUGUUCCCGAAAGCGUGCGGUGAUCGGGAACAUCCAUCCCACCAAGAGGCAGAGGGUGUGCGUGCAGUGCCACAGCGGCCUGAGCCAGGAAGAGGACAGGAGAGGCCGCGGAGACAGCAUCGGACUACCCUCUGAUGAAGACGAGUCGGGAAGCUUCGAAGAUCAUUUAUACGAAGAUUUCAUCGAAGACGAAUACGAUCUGGCGAACUGGGACGACUCUGGGAUGGACUCAUUCUGUCCUUAUGUUUACAUCAGACCUGAACACGUCUGGCCCUCUCACGUUUAAACUAGAACCACGACGGUCCUGAAGGGACAUCAUUAUGAAACUACUUAAACCUGCACAUGGCGUCUUUAAACAGUUUAAAGCUACGUGUACUUGAACAGAAGAAGAAGAACAUGGUCAUCUAAAAGUAAACCUGACUGUAAAUAUGCUCCUCCCAUAAAUGACCCUGGAGAUUGUUACGGGACAGUGGCUUUUAUGAAGGAUGUAAAUAGAAACUUUUGGUACAGACCUGGUUAGUUCUGGGAUGUGACUCACAGGGCGGCAGCAGUGGAUCUACUGAAAACUGCUGUUGUGUCCUUAGGCAAGACACUUCACCCACGUUGCCUGUUAUGAAUGUAGUGUGUGAGUGUUAGUGGGAGGGGCCGAUGGAGCUGCCCCAAGGCAGCUGUGGCUACAAUGGUAGAUUACUCCCAGUGUGGAGUGAAUGAAGAACGCACUCAAAAGCUCUUUAGGCACAAUUUAAAUCCACAGAUUGUGUUUGUCUUAAUGUGAAACUGUAUCUGUCUGAAACUGAAGCUCUCGUACAUCAGACACACGUUUGUAUCUGAACCACUCAAUCUGCC